GAAAAAUUUAUACCAUUUAUACUGUACUUGUUUUUCAUAUUUUUUUCUAAAAAAUAAUAAGUACAAACUUAUAUACAUAAUCUGAAAUAAAUUUUAGAACAGAUGAUUUCAUGUGAGAAAACUAGACAAUCUCGGGUUAGUGACGAAUUCAAGUUACGUAACGCAAUCAAGGAACUCGUUUCCACAUUUAAGAGAACAAAGAAAUUACAUAUUUAUCAAGUUUUUAAAUAUUUUUUUGCAAAGGAAAAAAAAACGUUCUUCACGAAGAAACAAAUGGCUUGGGGAAACAAGUUCGUCGAUGUAAUCUUUUCUUUCUUUGCAGUGGAAUGCGCGAGUAGCAUUCCAGACCAUUGUUUGGAACUGAUCAAGUUCGACGUCGACGAGAUCGAGAGUCAUUUGUCCGGAUUAAAUCUCACGGACGUGCCUACUGUGAAAAUGAUGACCGCCGGAUUUAAGUGUCCAAUCUCCACCUUGCCUUUCGGUACGCUGAAAUCAGACUGGGCUAGACUGUUGUUGCUUCGAGAGGCUCAACCUGACGGGUCGAUCGUCAAGCUUAAACUUCUUCGGCUAAUACGGAUUUUGAUAAUUGCUUACUAUCAAAUGGAGGAACGUAUUGACGUGAUGGAUCCUGAGGCGAAAGCCGCAAUGAAAUCUCUGGCGGGAGAAACAACGACGACCGUGUCGUCGACUGCGAGAGAGACGAGCCAACCGCAUUGCCCGAGCAGCAAUAAUUCCUUGGGAGCCGAAAUCUCGUGUGGCAAUGCGAAUCGUCAUUGUUCGCGUACGGAUUCGUUCCCGAAUGGAGUAACGGCGACGAAGGACGGCUGCUCGAGGAUGAAAUCGAACGCGACGGUAAUCGAAAUCGGGGCGAUGAAGAAGAACGUCUCGGGUCCCAGUGGAACAACCACUGUCAUUCCAUCCGACGCGACACGUCAGAACGUUACGUCGUCGUUGUCGAUUGAUCCUGGCAACGCGAAGAAAGCCACGUUCAACAUACUCGGUAAUUGCCUGAAGCAGUCCUUGAAGGACUUCGUGCGACGGCGACCGAGCGGCCGCAGAGUGUUCGAGAACGUGAGGGAUAAGGCAAAGUAUGGCGAGCUAGUGGGCAACGAGAUCGACGGUCGCGGAGGGGAUGGCACCCUUAUCAGGAUAACGCCGCCGACGAACGAAUUCUGGCGAUACGUGACGUUCCCCACGAGGGCGCCGUUGAUCGUACCAGUCAGCGUACGGCCGGCUUAUCGUAUGCGGGGAUUAAGCGGAACAGCAGGCCCGCGAAAGUCGCGGAAACGGGUGAAAUUGAAUAAUGACAUUUACGAAAGCUUCAGACGGUUUUACGACGCCGGCAGGAAUAAGGAGGGAAUAAAAUGAACGUCUUCCGCGUUACGACGCGCGAAACACAGGCGGGUAGCUCUUGUUUCUUCCUUCUCACUCCACAUGUACCUUUGAAUGCUCGAGAGAUUAUGCGCUGCAAAAUUGAUGGAAAGUUAUGGGAGACGGGUCUCUCUCCGUUUUCGGAUCUGUAGGUUUCGACGCCAGGUCUGGAGGGAAGAUAAAAAUUUUCAACUAAUUAAUUGGACAUAUAGCUGGGGAUAAACAGUAUUUGUAUAAUGCGUUUCUAUAUUUUAAUAAGAAAAUAUGUAAAUUACAUAAUAUGUAUAUAAAUAAAAAUAUAAAUUAU